AUGGAUGCGUCCUCGCUUUGGCCGUUGCUCCCCAUGGAAGCACUCCCGAAUCACGCCGUUGGGAGUGAGCAACCACAGCUUGAUUACGGUGCCGGUGACCUGGAUAUCUUUAACUUCCCUACCGGGUCCGGUGUCCUUGUUCAACCUGAACUGAGUGCUCUUCCUGAACUGCCAAUCGAUGUCCCGGUCCUACCGCCCGCUGAAUAUAUAAAUCCGACACAGACGCAAAGCCCCGUCUUGGAUUUGGAACGCAAAAUGAACCAGCUAUCGCACAGGUUGUACGAACAUAUGUCGCAGAUUCCGUUGUCACCUACAUGCGCUCAAUCCGGGCAUACCGAAACCCACCCCGUGGACAGUUCCCCUGACUUGAUGGAUUUCCACAUCGACCAAACAUUCACACUCACCGAGUCUGCAGUAGACGUGGCGAACCGAUUCGCCCAGGUCUUACGACAGUCUCGAGAAGCUUGCGAGUCAACAGCCGUCAUCACGCAGACCGAUACCUUCCCUGGUUCUACACCCAUACCACCAGUCGUAGGCCUGGCCUCGCUGUACAGCUUUCUCUCAUGCCAAACCCGUAUAUUGGAUGCCUGGAGUGUAAUCUUCACCCAUAUUCGCAACUGCGCGCAGGCAGCUGAAGCUAGGUCAGCUGUCUCCGGUCAAGGCAUGGUGGUCCGCGUCCCGAAGGUCGAAGUAGGGUCCUAUAAGCCAUCGACUUCGACCGCACUGCAUGUCCAGUUGUCUCUCAUGGUUCGCAAUACUACGGCACUAAAAGAGACGAUCAGGGUGUUGGUUCACGAACUGUCUACCCCGUGCGCCGCGAAGUCCGCCGAUGUAGUUGCAUUCGAUUACUGCGGCUCCGUGGAUACUGCAUCGAACGCGACCAGUGGUCAAAUUCGGGACACAUUGGCUGUCUCCAUGUGCCAUGACCUCGAACACCGGGCAACUGCGAUUGUAAGGGACGCUGAGAGGGUGAAGCAAGCCAUAGAGGAAGUUGUGAAACGCGCAGAAGGGGAUAUUUUCGGUGGGUAA